CUAUAUCUAAAGGCUCCUAAGGCAGGAUGAACUUGUCACUUGCUUUGUUCACACCUGUAACUUACAGCCUACAAGAAUGGGAAAAGUUCAACCAGAGGAAAAAGAUGCCAAAGAAAAGACAACUGAGUUUAGUUUAGUACGGGUCAAAAGUACAUGGAAGGGCCAACUGGGAAAAAAGAUCAAUAAGGACAGAGUGGACAGUGUCUCGGCUGCAAAAAUCUGUGAAAAUGUCACAGAGAAGGGUACAACCUGGACAGUUAUCAGUCCCAUUGUCUUUACUUACAAGGUAACUGAAACUCAGGGCUUGCUGGACCCAGGCAACGACACCCUCCUUCUGGGCCACAUCAAUGACCCUCAGCAGCUAGAGGACAUUAAAAAAUCAAACAAGCCAAUCAGACGCUUUGUGGUGGUUGACCAGGCAGUCUUUCAAAUCUAUGGCUCCAAGCUAACUGAAUAUUUAGAGGCCAACAAUGUCUCUUACAAGAUCUUGGCUCUACCCACCACUGAGGAGAACAAAUCUAUGGAGACGGCCCUGAAGAUCUUAGAUGAGGUCAACAACUUCUCUCUUGACCGACGAACAGAGCCCAUCAUUGCCAUUGGUGGAGGCGUGUGCCUUGACAUAGUGGGCUUUGCUGCCUCACUCUACAGGAGGCGCACUCCUUACAUCAGAGUCCCAACCACACUGCUCUCCUACAUCGAUGCCAGCGUAGGGGCAAAGACAGGGGUUAACUUUGCAAACUGCAAGAAUAAGCUGGGUGCCUACAUUCCACCUGCUGCCACCUUCCUUGAUCUAUCAUUCAUACAGACUGUUUCCCGACGACAUAUCUCCAAUGGGCUGGCAGAGAUUUUAAAGAUGGCUAUGAUGAAGCACGGCGGCCUCUUCGAACUUCUCGAGAAACAUGGCUCUAUGCUAUUGGACACUAAAUUCCAAAUUGAUAACAGUGUAUAUGGGUGCAGCACCUUAAAGGCUGCAUCACAGGCAACUCGCAUAGCUAUUAUGACUAUGUUGGAGGAGCUUGCCCCAAACCUUUGGGAGGAUGACCUCGACAGACUUGUGGACUUUGGCCAUCUUAUCAGUCCAGCAUUAGAGAUGAAAGUUCUCCCGUCUCUGCUUCACGGUGAGGCAGUGAACAUAGAUAUGUCCUAUAUGGUUUAUGUGUCCAAAGAGAGUGGUCUAUUGACAGAAGAGGAGAAGCAGAGGAUCAUCAGCUGCAUGGUGAGCCUGGAGCUUCCUGUCUGGCAUCAAGAGUUUACUAUGGAGCUCAUACAGAAUUCUCUGCAGGACAGGCUGAAACAUUCUGGUGGCCUGGUCAGAAUGCCUCUCCCUGUAGGUCUCGGGGAAGCAGAAAUUUUUAAUAACACAUCAUAUGAGAUCCUGCACAGAGCUUACGAAAAAUGGUGCGAGGAACUGAGCACCGCUUCUGAGAGCAACUGUGACCCUUAAUAGUGUCAUCCUACAACCCCCUCAAUACUGUUUUUUUUUUUAAUGUUUUGUUUUUACAUUUUUAAGUGUGUAGUAUUAUGUACUGUACUUUUAAAUGUUUCGUACUGGUAGGAGAAACUGGUUUAUAGCAUUGGUCUGCUGCAUUUUCAGAAACAGUCACAUUGUGAGAUAACUAUUUUUGUAUUGAUAAUCUUAAAGCCUGUAGAAAUGGCCUAUAACUGUCAGAAUUAUUGCUAGUGUGUGUUCCUAUUGUUAUUAUUGUCCUAAGUGUUCUCAUUGUUGUGUGAUACAGUCAAAAAUUAUUUGUCACAUAAGGGCAGCAACAGCUAGCAAAUAAUAUAAGAUCCACAGAAAUAUAAGAAGCCGCUUACAGCUUGUGUUCGUUGCUUGUUAUGUCUGUCAAAUAUAUAAGCGCCAUUAAAGAUUUUUAAUUGGUUA